AUGAGUGCGUCCUCCAACUUUGUAAAACAGGUUGAACAAGUUAUCCAAAACAAAAAUCAAAAGCCAGAGUGGCUAGAAGCUUUUCUGCAAAGAACAUACUUUGGUUCAUGCUCACUUCAUCCAAUUCGAAGAAAUGAGAAGAACAGGUAUUGCAUCAAUUGUGACUCAUCAGCUUGCCAAUAUUGCAUGACUUCCACCACUCACCGCCAUCACAAGAUUCUUAAAAUCUACAGACAUGUCUACAAGGAUGUCGUGUCACUUGGUGCCAUGGAGAAGUACAUUGACUGUGCUGAAAUUCAGCCAUAUAAGUGCAACAAACGACUGGUUAUAGCUUUGAAUCCUCUUCCCCACGGCGGUCCAACAUUGAACGCUGAGACAUCAUGUGAGAUCUGCAAGAGAAGGUUGGCUGAACCAGAUCUUUAUCGCUACUGCUCUAUUUCUUGCAAGGUCAUAGCAUUUGAGAGGAAGUCAAGUGAUUUAGCUCCUCCUUUUCUUUCUAUCCAGUCCCUAAACAAGGCGGAGAAACGAAAGAAACCGUUGAAAAUAGAGCAACCACAGCACAAAAGAAAAGGAAAACCUCAAAGGGCUCCCUUUUUUUAA